UUGAUAAAUGUUUGUAUUUUUUGCUCCAAUCUUAGGAUAUUGAUGUAAACAUACAUCAAUGUUGAAGUACGAAUUAAAAAAUAUGAAAAUUCUAAAAGCAUCCAUGCCAUUUAAAGAAUAUCAAACAAUAUCUAUGUAAAAUUCUAAACUUUUGUAAGGGAUAGUAUUGAGGCAUUUUUUUUAUAUUUUGAACUCUUUUGGGAUUGUUCCAAUUUCCCCUAAUGCGAGUUUCAUCGUCAUGUCCACCGCUGUCUCCAGAAAUCUAAUAACAAUCCUCCGCCGUCGAGGUGGCGACUCAGCCGUACUCUUAAAGUGCUCUCCUCACUCCACGCGCUCUUCUCCAUUUCCGACCGCCGCGGCUACUUUCUCCACUGUCACCCAAAAUCAGCCUCUCGAGAAUGAUAAGCGGUCUUCAUGGUCCAAUGUGUUCCUUUUCAUACCCGGAGCUAUUGCAUUUGGCCUUGGCACUUGGCAGAUCUUUCGAAGACAAGACAAGGUUGAAAUGCUGGAGUACAGGAAAAAUAGGCUGGGAAUGGACCCUUUACAAUGCAAUGAGGUUGCACUUUCGAGUGAAGAUUUGAAUUGUCUAGAAUUCAGGAAGGUGCUAUGUAGAGGGGUUUUUGAUGAGAUGAAGUCGGUUUAUGUGGGGCCUCGUUCCAGAAGCAUUUCAGGGGUGACAGAAAAUGGCUACUAUGUUAUUACUCCUCUCCAGCCAGUCUCUGAUGACCCAAAUGAGAGCACCCGGUCACCGAUUCUCGUCAAUAGAGGAUGGGUCCCACGCAGAUGGAGAGACAAGUACCUGGAAAUGUCAAAAGAUGAGAUGCAACCACUAAGUGCAGUGGCACCCUCUGUUCCAGAACCUGAAAAAGAUUCCUGGUGGAGAAUUUGGUCAAAGAAACCCAAGUAUUCCGAGGGAAAAGCUAAAUACGUAGCUGCCCCUGUAGAAGUCGUUGGUGUUAUAAGAGGAAGUGAAAAGCCUAGCAUAUUUGUUCCAGAAAACGAUCCGAAUUCCAAUCAGUGGUUUUAUGUUGACACUCCUGCAAUUGCUCGUGCUUGUGGGCUUCCAGAAAACACUCUCUACAUUGAAGUCAUCAAUGAUAAUGUUGAUCCCAGCAAUCCAUACCCUGUUCCAAAGGAUUUUAAUACAUUACUUCGCAGUUCCGUAAUGCCUCAAGACCAUCUUAACUACACACUGACAUGGUAUUCCUUGUCAGCUGCUGUGACAUUCAUGGCUUUCAAAAGACUAAAGCCGAAGAAAGGGAAAAUAUUGUAAUUCCUAAGCAGACACUUAUAUGCUUUUGUAUUGAGAGCCGUCAAGUAAGCAUCAACAUUCAUGUUUUUUGAAAACGAACAUCGAUGUUCAUGAUUCACACAAGUAUUACUUUGUAUAUUUCAAAGAACAAAGAUUUUUGUGGGAGCAGCCAGAUCAAGAUAUCAGUACUUUGAAUAACCAGUAUUGCUUGCAAUGAGUUGCUGUGGCUAACCAACUUGUGAACUGCAUGUCUGCAUUGGUGACAAACCCAUCUGAACGUGCCAACUUUGAUGGGUAACUAUGUUUUAGAUUGCAAAUUGCAUGCUUUUUACCUAUUACUCUGUUUUUAAUGAGACAAGUGCUUGUCUUAAACUUCAUGCGGCUUGUGAAGUUAGUCAUUAGAGGUGUUUUUGAGUUGAGGAUGAAUUCUUACUACCUU